CCAAGGCCCCUCCCAGCCAGGCCGCGUUUCCAUGGCAACUCCCGCCGCCCGGAUCACGUGACCGGAAGCGGGCGGUGAAGAAGGCGGAAGCGAUGGAGCCGGCCAAGAUGGCGUCUCCCAAGAGCGCCCCCAAAGACGCGCAGGUGAUGGCGCAGAUCCUGAAGGACAUGGGCAUCACGGAGUACGAGCCGCGCGUCAUCAACCAGAUGCUGGAGUUCGCCUACCGGUACGUGACCACCAUCCUGGAGGACGCCAAGGUGUACUCGAGCCACGCCAAGAAGCCGAGCGUGGACGCGGAGGACGUGCGGCUGGCCAUCCAGUGCCGCACCGACCAGUCCUUCACCUCGCCGCCGCCCCGCGAUUUCCUCCUAGACAUCGCCAGGCAGAAGAACCAGACGCCGCUGCCGCUGAUAAAGCCGUACUCCGGGCCCAGGCUGCCGCCUGACAGGUACUGCCUGACGGCGCCCAACUACAGGCUCAAGUCCCUGCAGAAGAAGGUCUCUUCCUCAGCAGGAAGGAUAACAGUCCCUCGCCUGAGCGUCGGUGCUGUGAGCAGCAGGCCCAGCACCCCUACUUUAGGUACACCCUCGGCACAAACAGUGUCUGUUUCAACAAAAGUCGGCACCCCCGUGUCGCUGACUGGUCAGAGGUUCACGGUGCAGAUCCCGUCUUCUCAGACAACAGUCAAAGCAGCCACACCAACUACACCGACAGUUCAGAAUGUCCUAAUUAAUCCUUCAUUAAUUGGACCAAAGAACAUUCUUAUUACUACAAACAUGGUAUCAUCGCAGAAUACAGCCAGUGAAACAAAUACCUUGAAGAGGAAGCAUGAAGAUGAUGACGACUACGAUAACUUGUGAAGAGUCUGUCCCCUCCCCUCCUGUUCGUCAGUGAUUCAUAUUGAGUCUGAUAGGGUUUAUUUCUGAGUGGUGUUGUAAGCUGUAUGAUAGCUUGUAAAUAAUCGGGUAGCAUGCAGUGGGGUGUAGUAGGAGAGAGAGAGAUCAUCAUGCUGUGGAAAAGCAAAAAAAUAAGUAGUCUUUUUUUCUGGUCUUUAGUGGCUUUUGAACCUCAACAGCGGGGAUGAGCACUGGUCGCUGUUACAGGCGUGCAGUCCUCACCUCUCUGUUGUUGCCUUACUUCAAAGAGAAGAGUCUGUGUUUCUGAAGACUGGCAAGGCAGCUGCUUGUAGUACUGCUCUGUGCCAAAAAACCUUUAGGAAACACUAGGUAGCAGAGAAUGUGAAAUAGAGGCUAAAUUUCAAAUUAAAUUAACAAAAAAAAAAGAGUCCUGUGCAAGGAGGAAAGUAUCCAGGGCUACUUUUAUUUUUUUCUUCCCUGAAACACAUUUACAGCUUCUGGCUUUUAGUUGUAUGCAUUAUUGUCCAUGUGCAGCUCUGGAUGCUCUCUUAACACCAGAAAUACAGAUGCGAGGUGAGGAGGAUUUGUAUGAAUACUUAACCUGAUCACCUGUAUCAUUACUACAUGAAGGCUGUUGGCCUUAACACCUACUAACAUACCCACAACUCCAACCGAAGUUAGUGGAAGAGGUAAGAGCCCACCCAGCUUGUUUUUUUAUUUAUUUCUGUUGAGUUUUCUCUCAGUCAGAUGUCAUUUGGUUAAGCUUCCAUUUUUACAUGUGAACUGAGUGAACUCACUGUCAGCAUGGCACAAAGGGGGAUCUGGUGAAGGGUAAAUUGUUCCGAUCUUGACUUCAGGUGUCUGAUUUGGUGCUUCAGGUACUUCAAAGUGCUGCUGGUGUGUUGUAAGAUCCCGGGUAUGCCGUGCUAAACAAUAAAUGAAGAAGUGUUUUUAUUUAUAUAUUAAAUAAUAAAGUGGUGUGCUUUUGUAA